AUGGGCCAUGAGUUCACCGGCGAAGUUGUCAAAGUUGGAUCUCAGGUGAAGCAAUUCAACCAGGGCGAUCGGGUGGUAUCCCCAUUCACUGUCAGUUGUGGAUCGUGCUUCUACUGCGAGCACGGCUUCUCCUCCAGAUGCGCCGAAUGCAAACUAUAUGGUACUACGGUACUCGACGGCGGGCAAGCUGAAUACGUCCGUAUUCCACUAGCUGACUCAACUUUGUUUCGAGCACCUGCUUCUAUUGACGAAAAAAAGUUGGUCUUGAUGGCAGACAUUUUUCCUACUGGCUAUUUCGCUGCUGGGAAUGCUUUCAACGACCUCAGUCAGGAAGACAUUCGCAAAAGCACAGUACUAGUCUUCGGAUGUGGCCCUGUUGGGCUGUGCGCAAUUUUGAGUGCUAUUGAAUACCAACCAAAGAACCUAAUUGCGAUUGAUAGUGUGCCAUCACGGUUAUCAGCUGCAGAGAAAUUGGGGGCGGAGCCGUUUAAUUUUGAACUGAAUGAAAGGGGACUACACCAGAGAGUAAUGGAACUUACAAAUGGUCGAGGUGCAGACAUUGUCAUCGAAGUUGUCGGGCAUAGCAGCGCCUUGCGAAUGGGCUUUGAUCUACUGCGACCUUGGGGUCGUAUCUCAAGUGUCGGGGUUCACAAUCAGGAAAUACCAUGGACUGGAAACGAGGCCUAUGGAAAGAACUUGAGCUUACAAAUGGGAAGAUGCCCUGUCAGAAGCAUUUUCGGUGAAGCUAUGGAUACCUUUGCAAGAAAACAGGAUUCUUUGGACUUCAUGACUCAGGAUAUUCGUCCUCUUUCGGGCGCGGUUCAAGCAUACGACGAUUUCUGCCAAAUGCGGAGUCAAAAGAUUAUCUUUGAAGUUGAAGCUGGCGGACAUAGCUAG